AUGAGGAAGGCGUUGGUGAAUGCUAUGCCAGGAACUUGGAACCGUUGGUGUUUAUGGCACAUUCUUAUGAAGUUUGGUAAGAAGCUGGGUAAGUACGCGCUUUAUAGGGAGUUCAAAAGGGUACUUUUUGAUGCCAUAUAUGACAGUGUGUCAGGUGAAGAAUUUGAAGUUCAAUGGUGUGCUGCAAUAUCAAAAUACGGACUCGGGGAAGAUAAGUGGCUUGAAGGUUUGUAUAAGGAGAGGAUGAUGUGGGCUCCGGCAUAUAUGAAGCACAUAUUUUGGGCUGGUAUGAAGACGACGCAACGUUCAGAAAGUAUUAAUAGUUUUUUUGACGGUUAUGUGCAUAAGAAUACGAAGCUGUGUGAUUUUGCGGAACAAUAUUGCAAUGCUAUGGAGAGUAGGGCAAAUUCUGAGAAAGUAGCAGACGCAAAUAGUAGUAGGUAUGUAAGACAACUUGCUACUGAUUGUAAAGCGGAAGUUGUGUUCCAAAAACUAUACACAGAUGGUAAGUUUAAGGAAGUGCAAGCGGAGUGUCUUAAAUUGUUGUAUGUCCAUUGGAGAGGGGUUCAAAAAUUAACACACAACAUAGAGGAGCAUACAUUUGCAGAUAGAAUAUGGGUUAUAUGCAAGGAUACUAAGAAGGAGGUACCUACGAAUAAGAGAAGGAACUAUCGGGUGAAAAUUGACUUAGGUACGUUGUUGGCAUGUUGUGAAUGUAAGAUGUUUGAGUGUCAUGGUAUUUUGUAUAGGCACAUCAUUAAUUUGUAUGAUGUUUUGAACAUAAAAGAAAUUCCUUCACAAUACAUCCUUGAUCGGUGGAGGAAGGAUGUCAUUCGAAAACAUACCAUGAUAAAAGUGGCGUAUCAUGAUCCGUCCAAAACUGAAGAGGUAAUGUGUUAUGAUAAAAUGAUGGUCCUAUUCGACCCCAUUUGCUUGAAGGCGGCUUAUUGUGGUGAAGUUGAUCUAGUAGUCGAAGCACUUAAGUUGCUUGAUGAUCGCAUAAAUGAGAGGAAGUCAUUGAAGAUUACUAGUAAUGGACCGAAAGAAGGCACUCCUUCAUCUAUGGGUAAUAAUACAGUUACACAAGAUGUUACUCCUGGUUCGGUAAACAUGCAGCAGGGCGUGAAGGACCCCCCUCGGAAGGCACAUAAAGGAUCGCGCUCAGUUCGAUUCCCUUCAUGCAUCGAGAAGGGGCAAGGAUCCAAAAAACAGAAGAAAGGGAACAAAGAUGGCAAGGUUGAUGAUGAAGAAGCCUGCAAUUCAGAGAGCGAUUAUGAUGAAGGUCAUGAAUUAGGAGGACAGGUUUGGUACUGGCCUUUUGGGACUUGGGACUGGUCUUGUGGGACAGGGGUUUUGGGGACUUGCCUUUUGGGACUCGCCUUUAGGGAUUUGGGACUGGCUUUAUGGGAAUGGGCUUUUGGGGACUGGGCUUUUGGGGACUGGCUUUUUGGGAAUGGGCUUUUGGGGACUGGGCUUUUGGGGACUGGACUUUUGUAG